GAACUCCAGCUCUCGAAUGCUGUCACACGGAGUAGUUUCGGAAAGCAGGAGCACUGGAAUAGACUUGGGAUUUAACCCGGCGUCUGCUCUGGGACGGCUGAUUCAUUAAACCAAGCGUACCGGCUGUUGCAGACACAUCCUAGUGGAGUGUUUUUUUGUUUUGUUUUUUUGGUGGACAAAUCUAAACUACAUUCAAUUUUUCUCUAUACAUGCCAAAACUAGGCAACCUUGUGGAGGAUUCUGAGACAUUGUCGCGAAACUUUGAAGUUUUCGCCACAAUAAUUGGCUAUCGAAUGGACCAGCAUCCGAGCGCCCGGAGCUGCAGCAGUCGCGGAGCUGCGCCGUCCUGCGAGAGCGUCUCCGGCGAGCCCCCCAUGAAUUUGUACAUCCACUCCACCACCGGCACACGCAUCGAGAUCUCCCUUCCCGCAGAAGAGACCGUGGAAGGGCUUAAGCGAAGACUCUCUCAAAGACUGAAAGUACCCAAAGAAAGACUCGCGCUGCUACACAAAGAAACACGCUUGAGUUCAGGAAAACUUCAAGAUUUGGGAAUAACGGAUGGGAGCAAGUUAACGCUGGUUCCAACAGUUGAAGCAGGCCUAAUGUCUCAAGCAUCAAGACCUGAGCAGUCAGUUAUGCAGGCGCUGGAGAGCUUGACGGAAACGCAGGUCAGCGACUUCCUGUCGGGACGGUCUCCUUUAACACUGGCUCUGCGAGUAGGCGAUCAUAUGAUGUUUGUCCAACUGCAGUUGGCAGCUCAGCACUCUGGCGGCCCACAGUUACAGCAUCGACAUCUCAUAUCACGUGGGAGUUCAGAGGGCACGACAGGACAGCAUGCAGCCUCAGGCUCUGCCUCUGGGAUGGCAAGGGUUUCACACAGCCCCCAACAACAUCACUCACACCCACAUCCUACUCAUCCAAACACAACGCUUCCAUCCAACCCAGCGGCGUUCCCACCUUCCCCCUCUAUCCCAUCUAUUCCUCCCAUGUACCCCACCUCAGCCCCAGGGCACUGUAGCCCUCCACCACACCCCUCUCAACUCCCAGGAAGUUUUCUUCACUCCCAGCAGCCAUCUUCAGCCUGUCCCACCUCUCCAAGCAGCCCUAGCCCUGCAGCUUCCUGUCCAGAGGCCAGCUGCCCAACAAAGACAUCUGGCAAUUGUAACACUCCCUCAAGAUCCCGCAAACCAGGGGCUAUCAUCGAAAGUUUUGUGAACCAUGCUCCUGGAGUUUUUUCUGGGACAUUUUCAGGCACUUUGCAUCCCAACUGUCAGGACAGCACCGGACGUCCUAGGCGAGACAUAGGCACCAUCCUUCAAAUCUUGAAUGACCUUUUAAGUGCCACUCGGCAUUACCAGGGCAUGCCACCGUCGCUCACACAGCUCCGCUACCAGACCCAUUGCAACAGCCCCAGCUCGCCCACACCGUCGCCACCGCCUUCACCUCCCCACACCCCCAGACUAAGCACCCUGCCUACCACAGUGCCCUCUGAGACCCAGCCCACCCUCCACCCACUGGUGCAGUGCCAGAGCCAGAUACGCAUGUGCAAGCCUCCUGGUGACCGAUUGCGUCAGACAGAGAACCGAGCCACGCGCUGCAAAGUGGAGCGACUGCAGUUGCUCAUGCAGCAGAAGCGCCUGCGCAGGAAGGCCCGGCGAGACUCCCGUGCCCCGUACCAUUGGCUCCCCAACCGGAAGGCUGGACGCAGCAACAGUAACAGCAGUAUGUCUAGCGAAGGCUCCCUGGAUCUGGACUUUGAAGACUCUGUGUGGAAGCCAGACGUCAAAGCUGAUAUGAAAUCAGAAUUCAUCAUGGCCUGAAGCAACAACGGUUGUGCCAUCUUCAUCGAGGAAGACUGGGGUUUACAUUUUUACUGAGGAAACUUUCUGAAGACUGUGUCCAAAGCUGCACAUUCAGAAUCUCGUAGGCAUCUCUCCUCAUCAAUUCUGUGACCACGAAGACUUUACACAAAGGAAGAGUCACAGACUUUUACUUACCUUUCAUCCUUGAUAGACUUUGAUCUUGGAAUAGACUAAAUUUUCAAAUGACGAUGUUUGGAAUAUGGAUUGGACUGACAAAUAGACAGAAUUUGGACUCCGAACGUCCAAUAAGUAAACACAAAUGAGCAUAGCAGACGUCAUUGGUGUUGGGAUUUGUUCUUCUCUUUACUUUUUUUUUUUUAUUUCAAGGGGGAAGAGCCAUACAGGCCAAAUACAGGCACGAUGAACUAACAAAAAUCAGAAACUGAAGCUACUUCCUCCUUUUUUUUUCAUUACAAAUGGGCAUUCACAGUUCAAGAAUCAUUUGAAGGGGGUUAUCUUUGUUUUUAAGUCCUGUUUUUCUUGAAUCAUGAUGAUUUAUGAUACAAAAUAUGUAGCAUUACCCACAAAGCAUUCAGGUUUUCUAUCUUGUAGAUGAGGAGGGUUCAUUUGCACACACACCCGUGAUUUGAAAUGGACAAAUAAUAUCAUGACAUAACCAAGAGAUGGCACAGUGCAUGUUUAGUAUAAAUAUAUUUACACAAAAAAAUGCUUUCUCAACAACAGCUCAUGCGACUAAAGUCAGAGGUUCAAGUAGGAAACUAAAACAUGAAACGAAACGAAAAUAAGCAAGAUGCAAGGCUUGUGAAGUAGGUUGUUUUUAGAAUAUAUAAAAAAAUGGCUUUUCUUUUUUACCUCCGUGUAAACAUACAAACCAACCAAAUGUAAAACAGCAAUUGCUAAGGAAGGCUGUGAGAUGAAUCUGAUGUUAUAUAAUCAUUUAAAUACACACUGUAUCUCUCCUGUUACUGUUUAAAUGUGUAUAAUAGAGAGAGUGGUGGGGUGCCAGAGGAAUAGUUUACAAUUGUGCAUUAUAAUGGCAAAUGUGCACUCUGCCAAAGUGGAAUCUCUCAUUUAUGCAUUUGACUAAAACAAACCGCCAUUCAAGGGUGUUAUCCCAGCAACCACUUACAUUUGUGAUACAAUUUUAAUAAGACUACCAAUAUUUAGUCGUCCAUUUGGCCAGACUUCUUUGCAGAUUCCCAUGUAAACAUUCAGACCGGAGUGUAUCCUCCACUCUCGAUAGUGCCUCAUACCCUCAUACGUAGAUGCACUGACAUAUUCUAUCAGGCGUUCCACAGACAGACGGUUCUGCUGCUAUAUGGGACUUCUCUUUGCAUGCAAAAGUGUGAUCUAUCCUGAUCCUUUUUAUAGAAGAAAAUAAUAACAACAAUACUGAGAUACUGGUGCUGAAAAGAAAAGAUAUACAAGCAUGAAUUUUUGAAAAUGGAAAGAAAAAAAAAAUGCUCCAGCUACUUGGGAUUUUCGAAUUAGGAACGUGAUGUUACAUAUCAGUCGCAAACCAAAACAGGACUGGAAUUCUACUGUACAUGGAUCAUUCCUGGACUAAAUAACGAACAAUGGAACAUGUUUUACUCCCAACAUCCAAGGGAUCCUCAGAGCAAACCCCAAACACUCCCAUCAGACUAACAGGGAUGUUAGCAACCAACGUUUGCCCCUAAUGACUUCUUGGAAAUAAACGUGAAAAUGUCCUGAACCACACUGAUGUUGCACUCACUGAGUUUGCAAUGAGAUUACCUACCUGAAGGGGAACAUUGUCUAUUCCUUUUUUUUUCUGUUCAAGUGGCCUUAACAUUCAUCAUCGAAACACUUGCAGAGUGGUGGACAACAUAGGGAUGUUUUUUUUUUUUCUUUUUUGUCCAGUGUUUUUGUUAAAGCAUCAAUUUUUCGGGGGCAGUUUUUGUGUUUAGGAGGUGGAGGCUCUAUUAUGUCAAGGCUUCAGUGCCUUAAAGUUUUGCCCCUUCGGUGUGUACGAAGAAAAAAAAUCUGAACAAAUUAAUUCGCAUUUAUGCAGGUUUUUAUCAAUUUAUAGGAGCUGUGGUAGAAUAUUGUGUGUUUUAUGGUUUCAUUGUUACAAGUCACGACCUGGAGUUCAAACAGGUUCCAUCAGUGUGUUCCAUUGUUUGUUUGAUUACGUUCCUUGAACCCUACUGUCCUACAAAGAAGCAACAAAUUUACAAAUUUAAUUGAAAAAAAAAGUUUCAACUGCAGUGCUAUAGCAACAAAGUGCCCUAAUUCUCAAUUGAGAUGUCCUUUAAGGACACAAUGACAACAUGCACUUCCCUUCUUCUCAAAUAAACGACUUCAAUGGAUGAUUUCUCCCUCUCCCCUGAGAAAAUCAUUGUUUAAUUUUUAUAUAUGUAUGAAAUAUACUCUGUGUGUGCCUCACCUAUAUGUAAAGUGGUAAAAAAAAAAAAGUAAAAAAUUAAAAAAAGCAUAGGAGAUGAUCUGAGUUUUAGGAUUGGGUAAUUGAAUAAGGGUGGAGGGAGGGAACGGGGGGAAUUUUCAAUAGUUUGUUGGAGUUCUGAUCACAUCAUUUAAGUUGCCUGUUCUUUCUUGUAGCCAAUGAAAACUGAUUACAAGAGUCGAGAAAAAAAAACAAUUUACUAUGUUCUAGCUAUAGACCGGUGUAGCACAUAUGUGACUGUAUUAAUUUAUGAAACCAAAAUGGUAACUGUGAAUUAUGUAUUUCUUUGUGCUUUUUUUAAAGUGGGCAGAAGGCAGAAAAGGGCGUUGCUGUGCCCUGUUUUGUUUUUGUGGAACAUAAUGAAAAUAAUCAAGUAAAAAAAAAAAGGAAAAUAUCUAAAUAUAUUUUUUUUCUUAAGCAAUACAUUUCAGUGUGACUUGUGAUAGGACAUUUUCUUUUUUUUAGGUAAUAAAUUGAAAGAAAAAAGUU